CGCACCGUUGACACCUCCAUUCCAUCAAGGCUGAGGUGGGAAGAAGGAAAGAGGCGAUCGAGAAAGGAAUUGAGACAAUUAUUCAAUCAUUUUGUCGGUGGGUUAUCGCGUUUGCACUGAAUCUUCUUCAUCCCAUCCGACUAUCAUAUUCCUUCCUUUCGAAAACCAUCUCCGAUAGCUCCUGCUUUUCGGCUCAAAUUUCUAUAAGUUUUCCCCUUUUUUUGUAUCUUUUCUCUUUGUUUUUACAUCGAACAAAUCCCACCACCUCCUCACUUGAAAUGGAUCAGUUUGGUGUUCUAGUAGAAAGUAUCGGCUUCAAAGCACAUGGAAAAUCAUCAGCCCCAUUGGCCGAUUUGAAGGGCACCAACAAACCCAAUAACAAUUCCAAUGGGUUCCCUGGAGAUAUUGGUCUCAACCAGGAUUUUUCGUCGUUUAAUCGAUCUAAAUCGGGUUACAAUUCGAAUCCUUCACUUAAUGUUGAUGAUCUUGAUGGGAUAUUUAGAUCCAAUAGUAGUAACGAUAUGAAACCCCCGAAUUCCGGUUUUGAUGAUGUGUUUGGGGGAGUUCAUUCUGGGGCUAAUGGUAUUGAUCUCGACUCAGUUUUCAAGGUUUCGAAUUCGAAUAAUUACGACGAUGAUGACGAUGUGUUUGGGUUGAAGAAAUCGAGCUCAGGAGCGAGCUCUGUUGAUCAUCAUGCGUUUAAGAAGACCCAUUCAAUUGAUGAUUUGCUUGGAAAUUUUGGUGGAAUGGGUGUGAAAUCGAAUGCUCCCAGAAAUAACUCCGGGGGAAAACAAGCAAAUGCUUCAAAAUCAAACGAUUUACUUGGAAAUCUGAAUGGUAAUGGAGUUAAGCUGAAUGGUCCAAAAAAGGUUUCAGUAAACAAGCAAGAAACUGCUUUUGAUUCCGCAGAUUUGCUAUCAGGUUUUGGUGUAAAAAGUUCUUCAAUCAAUAGAUUAAAAUCAGAAACAAAUCCCACUCGUCAAUCAAGUUCAGCCAGAUCAUAUUCAGCUUCAACAGAAGAUCCAUUUGUAAUGUUUGAGAGAACACAUGAGAGUGCUAGAGCAAAUAAUGGUGCUUUUGGAGUUGACAAUUAUCUGGAUUCCCUUUUCAGCUCAGGCAAUCAGUCAAACACCAGAACCAGUCAAAGCUCUUCAAGUGAGGAUUCUGUUUAUGAUGCUCUUUUCAACAACAAUGGUGGCACUAAAGUUGGAAAGAAGGUUUCCUCUGAUGCCUCGUAUAGUGUAAAGAAAGCACCAACAAAUGCAAAUAGCACAGAUGACUUCUCUUAUCUUUUUGGAAUGGGAGAUGCAACUCCAUCAGGAGAAUUUCAGGAAAUCAAAGGGGAAAGUGAAGAAAGACGAAGAGCCAGAUUAAACCACCACAUGUCGACUCGGGAACGCAUGACUAAAGCACUGAAUGAGAAGAACAAGCGUGACUAUGAGGCACAACAAGAGCAAGAUGAGAAGCACAGGGUAGCUGCAACCCUAGAAGGUGAUAUAAAGCGUUGGGCUGUUGGAAAAGAAGGCAAUUUGCGUGCACUUUUAUCUUCAUUGCAAAAUGUGCUUUGGGGUGGAAGUGGGUGGCAAGCAAUUUCACUGACUGAUUUGAUCACAUCAACAGCAGUUAAAAAAGCUUAUUACAAAGCAACUUUAUGUGUUCAUCCAGACAAAGUUCAGCAGAAAGGUGCAACUGUUGAACAAAAAUAUAUUGCAGAGAAAGUUUUUGAUCUUCUCAAAGAAGCUUGGAACAAAUUCAAUGCUGAAGAAUUCAAGAAACAAUGAGAUGUUUUUUCUUUUUCGGAUGUAUAAAAAGUGGGAGGUGAGUUGUUUGUUUUUGGAGAAUUGUAGUAUGAAAAUUUAUUUAAUCCAAGUAAUACGAGUCAGGUCUGUAUAUGUGGGAAAGCUACUUGGUGUAUUAAAAACUUGUGUUGGUUUAUUUAUUUGUAUAAAAAAAAAGAAAUACAUAUAUAA